AUUUAUAGACAACUUUUCUUGCUCAAAAUUUUGAGUCAUUGAUGCUUGUGUGUGCUAAUUCUUCAUACCAACCAUGGGCCUCAACCAUUCCCACGCUCAUCAUGUUCCCCAAAUGCACAACCAUAGAACACGUGAAUCAAAUCCAUGCACGCAUGAUAACAACUGGGUUCAUCAAAAACACUUCCCUCACCACCAGACUCGUUCUCAGUUUCAUUUCUUCACCUCGUGAGCCUCUUUUUGAGUUUGCUCGCUACGUCUUCUUCAAGCACCAUGCUUUUCGUGUUCCCAGUUUGCAAGAUGACCCUUUUCUUUGGAAUGCUGUAAUCAGGUCUUACUCUCAUGGUUCUGACCCAAGAGGGGCUCUUGUUGUGCUCUGCUUGAUGCUUGAAAAUGGGGUUUGUUUGGAUAAGUAUUCGUUUUCCCUGGUUUUCAAGGCUUGUUCUCAGGUGGGUUUGAUGAAAGAAGGAAUGCAGGUUCAUGGGUUGUUGUGUAAAACAAAUCUUGGGUCUGAUGUGUUUUUGCAGAAUUGUUUAAUUGGAUUGUUUGUGAGAUGUGGGUGUGUUGAGCUUGCUCGGCAACUGUUUGAUAGAAUGCCUGAGCGUGAUUCUGUUUCUUAUAACUCGAUGAUUGAUGGGUAUGUGAAGUAUGGGAUGGUUGAAAGAGCACGUGAGUUGUUUGAUGGUAUGCUACCAGAGGAGAAGAAUUUGAUUACUUGGAAUUCAACGAUUAGAGGGUAUGUUAGAUGUGAAGAUGGGCUUGAGUUUGCUUGGAGUUUGUUUCUUAAAAUGCCUGAGAGAGACUUGGUUUCUUGGAACACAAUGAUUGAUGGUUGUGUAAAGCAUGGGAAGAUGGAGGAUGCUCAAGCAUUGUUUGAUGAGAUGCCAGAAAGGGAUUUGGUCAGUUGGGCAACUAUGAUAGAUGGUUAUGCCAAAUCAGGUGAUGUUGUCGCUGCAAGGAGUUUGUUUGAUGAAAUGCCAGGGAGAGACAUCAUUUCUUGUAACUCAAUGAUGACUGGCUAUGUUCAGAAUGGUUAUUGCAUUGAGGCUUUGAAACUAUUCAAUGAUAUGAGGAGGGCAACAAAUAUGAUACCUGAUGAUACAACGUUGUUGAUUGUUCUUACAGCAAUUGCCCAAUUAGGACAUGUUGAAGUUGGAGUUGCGAUACACCAUUAUUUAAGGGACAAUGGGUACUCUCUGAGUGGUAAACUUGGCGUUGCCCUGAUUGACAUGUAUUCAAAGUGUGGUAGCAUUGAGAAUGCUAUCUCAGUGUUUGAGAAUAUCAAACAAAAAUGUGUUGAUCAUUGGAAUGCUGUAAUUGGUGGCUUAGCUAUUAAUGGAAUGGGUGAAAUGGCAUUCGAAUUUUUCAUGGAGAUGGAAAGGCUUUCUAUUAAACCUGAUGAUAUCACUUUCAUUGGAGUGUUGAGUGCUUGUAGCCAUGUUGGCAUGUUGAAGGAGGGACUGAUAUGUUUUGAGCUCAUGCAAAAAGUUUACAAGCUGGAACCUAAAGUGCAACACUAUGGAUGCAUGGUGGAUAUGUUUAGUAGAGCAGGGCAUGUUGAAGAAGCCAAGAAACUAAUUGAGGAGAUGCCUAUUGAACCCAAUGAUGUGAUUUGGAAGACUUUGCUAAGUGCUUGCCAAAUUUAUGAAAACUUAUCUAUAGGAGAGCCUAUAGCUGAGCAAUUGAUUCAGCUAAAUUCAUGCAAUCCAAGUUCCUAUGUGCUCCUAUCUAAUAUUUAUGCCAGUUUGAGCAUGUGGGACAACGUUAAAAAGGUUAGGACAGAAAUGAAAGAAAGACAAUUAAAGAAAAUUCCAGGUUGUAGUUGGAUUGAACUUGGGGGAAUUGUUCACCAAUUCUCUGCACAAGAUAGUACACACCCUCAGGUUACUGAGAUUUAUUCUCUGUUAAGUAGUUUGUAAAUUCCUAAUUUGAAGUUCUUCCAUCUUGGAUGUUGUAUGAGUUGGGGAGUGACUUGUGCAUUGUGGAUGAAAAGUGAAUUUUUUUUUUUUUUGGAAUCAUGAAAAGUGAAUUUUUUCUUAGCCAAGCCUAGCUCUAUUGAUAAGAAGUGGUCGAUGU